UACCGGAAAUGUAGAGUAUAAGGAAGUUGACGAAGUUGCCUCCGUCUAGUUUGUGAUUCACAAGCUGGUGGAAGUCUGGAUUCAUUUAUUAAUCAUUAUUACUAUAUUCUGUAGUCAAUGAUCUAACAGAACAUGUCAGUCUAUAUCCAUGAUGGUUAAUUUUGUUUGACGUUUAAUGUUGCUGAUCGUCGUCAAGUGUUAGAAAUCAACUAUUUGGUUGGAAUAUCGGACAAUAUUAUCGAUCACUAAUCGAAGACAGAUUGUUUCAAUGACAAGGGGAUUGACGCCACGAUGGAGACCAUCCGUGCCCGUUUCGGCUUCAGGGAUAAAGACGAAACUGUCAAACUGAGGAAACGGAAAUCCCAGCUACACAACAAUGUGGUUAACGAGGGCUGGUUGACCUUCGGCAUCACCGCCUUCUCGGUGGUGUUCCGGCUGGUCAACUGCUCCCUGGUCCAGACCAGCUUCGUGCCUGAUGAGUACUGGCAAUCCUUAGAAGUCUCCCACUACAUGGCCUUUGGUUACGGCUAUCUGACCUGGGAGUGGCAGACCGGUCUCAGAGGGUUCAUCUACCCGCUGUUCUUCGCCUCCAUUUACAAAACUCUGCACUUCAUCGGCUUGGACUCUGUGACUGUGCUGAUAUGGUUUCCCAGAGUCAUGCAGGCCCUGCUUGCGUCUGCGGCCGAUGUGAAGAUGUACUUCUUCGCCCGAUCGAUGGAGAAUCCUCAUGUGGCAAAAUGGACGUACUUCUGCCAGCUGUGCUCCUGGUUCACCUGGUACUGCUGCACCCGGACCCUGAGUAACACCAUGGAGACCACCCUGACCAGCCUGGCCCUCACCUACUACCCCCUCCCGGGCUCCAAAGCACACCACAGGUCAGAGCCCAGAACACCGCACAGCGGAGCCAGUGCAGUCCCGUACACCCAGUGA